AUGCCCUCCCUGUCCCAGCCCCCAACGUCAACGCCGGCGCCGCCGGCCGCUCCCACCGACAUAACCAGUCUCGGCGACGACCUCCUCCGGGAGAUCUUCCUCCGCCUGCCGUCCCUCCCAAGCCUCGUCCGCGCCGCCUUCGCCUGCCGCGCCUUCCGCCGCGCCGCCCGCUCCUCCCCCGCCUUCCGCCGCAGCUUCCGCGCGCUCCAUGCGCCGCCCCUCCUCGCCUUCUUCCUCGAAUCCACCUUUGAAGUGGUUCCGAUCUUCCCCUGCCCCUGGCGCCGCUGCGACCCGGACCUCGGCGCCGCUGAUUUCUUCGGCAUCCGCGGCUCACGCCACGACGACGCCCGCGCCACCGGGUGGGAGAUCCUUCCUACCUACGACGGCUACCUCCCCCUAAAAAAGGUGAGCCGGAGCACUAAUUGGGUAGUCUCCUACAGACCGCUAACGCAGGCUCUCGAUCUCUUCCUCUAUAAGCCAGGGAACAGCAUUGACCUCGAGUUCUACACGCUCUCCUCAGAAGAUGGCCAAGGGCCAUCCCGUGUGGUCUGUGUCCGUCACCACUUCAAUCGGAGGGCGCAGGUCGCCGUCUUCUCAUCCAAUACCAUGGAGUGGCAAAUUUUCCCCAAGAACACACUGCUGCUGCGUGAAGGGGCCAGUUCCGGCACGGUGAUGCGCGGGCUCAUCUGGUGGCCAAACUGGAUGCAUCAAAAAAUUGUGGUGCUCGACACCUCGACCUUUCAGUUCUCCCUAAUCGAUGUGCCCACGCCUUUGAUGACGCAGUCGGAUGAAUCGUCGUACAAGCUUGGUGAGACCAAGGAUGAGAAGCUCUGCUUCGUAGAUAUAAAGGAUGACACACUUUAUGCUUAUUUCCGGACAGCCGGCGAUGGCGGUGUCGUCGAGAGGUGGAUGUUGUACAAGGAGUUCCCGUUGCACACGAUUGUUAAGAAUGUCACUGGAGGCUCAAUGGAGCAAGAGGGGUGUCCUGUCGAUGUGGAGGUUGUGGCAGUCAUCGAUGGUUUUGUAUACUUGACUAUUUUCUACUGCAAGGACACACAACUUCGUGAUUUGUGCCUAUCCUUGUGUCUGGAAACAUCGGAGAUAAGCGAGCUCUUUAGUGAUGCACGUGAGUAUCAUGAGGAGGUUCAUCCCUAUGUCAUGGCAUGGCCUCCCUCUUUGUUACAAAGCAAGGAGGAAUCAGAAACUGAAUUCACUGGAGACAGUGCCGCACACAAUGAUCCUAUGGGCACAGAAAAAGCUUCCUCUGUGCUUGUCGCUGCACUGCAGUCACUCAGCCAAGCUCUGGUAGGUGAUGGUGGCAGCAACAUAGAAAUAUUAACGGAGUUACAUUCCUUCUUGCUUGACAGUAACAAAGAAACAGUGGCAGAGUUAAAUGCCUUCUUGCGUCCUAACGGGGAUGGCGAGGGCUCUCUAAUGAGCACAAUUACUAGUUUGGACGCAAAGUUGGUAACUGCAAGAGACCGUAUCUUGAGGAUAAGUGCAUGAUUCCAUGAUGGUGAUUUGUGUCCUUGCUGCAGACAAAGAUUCCAGAAAAGAAGUCAUCAUAAAAGGUAAGAUCAAUGACUCGAUCGACAAGUGAGUGUGUUUUUACAUAUGGAUUGCUAGUAGUCUAUUAUUUGCGUUGUUAGUGCCUAAGUAGAGAAUUAACGCUAUAGUUGGGACAUGCUUGUUUGACCAUUACUGAAUGAAUUUGCACUUGACUGCAAUUACAAAUUUAAAAUUGCAACAUAUUCAACACAAGGAAAGUGUUGCUUUUGUA